GCAUCACUGAAAUUGACAUCUUAUGCGUGGAGAUUGCAGGCCUAUGUCAUGACCUUGGUAAAUGACAAUACGCUUUUUAGAGCUGCGGUCAAUUUCCUUUUGCUAGCGAGGGCAUCAUAAACAAAAUAGUGUCUCUUUGAAGCAGACUCAUAAUCAUACAUAUUGCUUAGAUAUCACUCAUGUCUUGGAGGUAUCAUUCGUAUGGUUUAAGAGAAGUAACACUUCAUCAUACUAGAGAAAGAGUAUAAUAGUAAAUGAGCAACUUCAUUACACUUGAGUAAAAAAGAAAUAAUACACACAGGCUAGGGUGUAACAAGAAAAGAAAAAAAAAACCCAAGGCAAUGAAAAAAUAAUAUUAAAAUCUCCCUUGACAGCAGAAACUAUCAAAUUAAAAAAAAGAACUGAUUUCAAAGAACUCCUGUAAGUUAAAAAAAAUGUUAGAAAACUAACAACUGUUAGUAAAAUAUGUGAUUGUAAGGAAAAAAUGCUUGCAUUAGCGGAAAUACAAAACAAGAAAAAACACAUUUUACAAUUUUAAAAAAUGUAAGUUUUACCAAAAUAUGUUUAAACAAAGGCACACCUUAAAUGAAAAACCUGUUCCAAACCAAAACGUGUCUAUCCAUUAAUUAUGUUGUGCAUAUUGCUAAGGCACAGAAGCUCCUAAGAAACCUGAGUUUCCAAAUAAUGCCCCAUUAACUUGCAAUGUCUGAAUUACUUCCAAUUUAAAGAGUGAAGUUUUUCUCUAAUCAUGUGACGUAAUAUAAUUUAAGGGCUUUACACAUUUGUUGAAAGAUGACGAGUGAUGAUGUGUAGCUAAAAAAAAAACUUUCAGCCAAUUUGUCUAUAUAACCAGCAGAACAUAUAUUCUUAUAUUGCUUGCACAUAGAUGCUUAAAUAUUGCACAAAUAGCUCUCAGAUUAAAAAAAAAGAUGCAUUUGUUCUUCAAAUGGAAAUGAAAAUAAAUGAGUACCAAUAAUGAUUAUACAUUCAAAUGUGUAUGUUAAAUAAAACAUUAUUUUGUUUAUAAAUAAAACUAAAUUUAUGUGUUUUUUUUUCUUAUUUUAGGACAUGGUCCAUUUUCACAUGUUUUUGAUGAUAAAUUUCUUGCAAAAAUCAAUCCAGAAAAUAAAAUUAAGGUAAACAAAUUAUCUUAGGUUAUAAAUAAAACAUAAAAGGUGUUCUAAAUAAUCUUGAGGCUUACAUAACUUUAUCAACAAAACAUACGAAGAAUAGUGUUCAUUAAUCUUUUAAUAGCUAAGAGUUAGCAUCGAAUAUAUAAUCCUAUUAAUCGAUUUGAUAAAUAUAUAUAUUUAUUCUUUUUACUUUUUUAAUGCUACUCAUCCAGCAUGAGAAGGCUGCUGUCACAAUGUUUGAAGAGCUGAUCAGGGCAAACUCCUUGGAAAAGAGAUUUAUUGAGUUUGGUCUCAAAGAUGAUGACAUCAUUUUUAUAAAAGAG